CGUUCACCGACAUUGUUUACGACCCUCUCCUCUUCCGUAUGUCUAUCUAUGUGUUCGUGUUGUGUAGGGAGUUUAAUGUCGUCGAGUCCUUCGACAAGCAUCGCCAGGACACCCGAGAGGCACAUGCGCUUAGCGAAACCCUUUCCACCCUGUGCGAGAUCGUUGCGGCAUCAUGACGGUCAAAUGUGGAUCGACGAUGCACCCGAGGACGACUUCGAGGACGACCCAUGGACGACCGUCGUCCCUUACAUGAACCGGCAUCUCGACGAAUGGAACGAAAAUGACUGGAAGGCGAUGGAGCGUUCCUACCCAUGGGCAAGCCAUUACAAGUUUGCCAACAUGUUGGAGUUCGGGAGCCUCGUUGCACUGCCUGCUGGUGUCCUCCAUCGAAAGACCUUGGACGAUAAGGGUGAACCGGUCCGCUUCCGUACCAGCUUCAGACGUCGCCUCCACUACGAGUAUAUCACAUCUUCGCCACGAACUUGGGGAUGUUCGCAGAAGCAAGAGUUGGUGGACUGCGCUCGUCAUUGUUCAUUCUUGGAACACUUCCCACCCGGUUGCCCAGGGACUUCUCCACAAGCUCUGUCGUACUGUUGUGUGCGCUUGACGGAUGACGGAUGUCCUUUCGCCAGAGUGCUAUGUGUGGCUUCUUCAAGCAAAAGCGGGAAACUUGUGGAUGGAGUUGUGCUUGUGUCACGAAACGAGAUGGUGCUUCAGGGAUCCAGGUUCAAGGCGGUCAUGUCUCACCCAGAUGUAGAUGGGCGGUCAGACUUGGUGAGAGCAGGGAAAAGUGGAAUGCUUCACUGGUGUGAUACGACGACGGUCGAUCAAGACUUCCCUCCCACGCCAGCUUGCCUUCCGUUACGUUUUCGGCAGGAAUUGGUUGGGAAGGGAUUGAUUAUGGGCAUUGGAGUUACGAGCAGUGCCGAUAGUACUUCUUCCCGACUCGAGCCAUGUGCUUCCUCUGAAAAACGGUCACGUGACUCAAACACUCAGCAUCGACGGAAGAGAACACAGUUGUCCACCUCCACCGAGCAUUCGUACAUCUGUUGUGACGUGCUCGAAGACCACAAAAACAUUGGAAGCAGGGACCAGUUUCUUAGUGUUGAUUGUCCUUCCAGAGUCUCUUCAGCAUGUUCUGAAAUGACCGACGCUGGGAUGUCGAGCUCCAUACCCGAGGGGAAUCUCGGUGACUGUAGUUAUAGUGGGACGGAGUACGUGUAUAGUGCGAACAAUUGCACUACUGUUGGUUCUUCCUUGGGAGUUGCCGAUGGGGGUGAUAGGGUUUCCUCGUCUACCCCUCCGCAGUGCCAGGAGAGUCAAGGACCGUCCAUGGAUGAAAUCACUGAAUACUGCUAUUCACGAGACAGUCAGAGCUCGCGCUGUCUCUCCGAAGAGGACCGCCACAUACGGUACAUUUUGUCGGCGCCUAUGCCCGGUGAAAGAAGACCAUAUUCUAUGGCAAACAGAGAACCGGCCAAAAAGACACAGCAUCGGCGAGCUAUGGGCAAACUCAGGAUGCAGUUACUUCAGGCAGUGCGAGGGAUGCUCUGUUGUAGGCGGAUGUGUUGCCCUGAACUGACAGCCGAAGAUGUCAGGCCGGUGCAGGAGGCAUUCUACUCGAAAAGUUUCGCGGAAAGGACGAAGUGGUGGUUGCAAACCAUACAUGACUUCACGGUUAUGGAAGGUGGUGCUGAGCAGGUCAUGCAUGUAGCUUGCAAACGGAAGAUGUUCGUGCACGCGUACUGUGACAUUCUCGACAUUUCUCGUAACACAUUCUAUGUCUACAAAAGGAUGUGCGAUAACGGUGUUGUCGUUAGGGAGCCUGGGCACUCGGGCUUGUCUAAACCAUCUGAAAAAGUCGUCACGAUGCUUGCACUGGUGAAACGGUUCAUCGACGACCACACCGAUAGUAUGCCGAAUGACAUGGUCUGGAAAAACGGAGUUUGUCAUCCUCGCCGUAGGAUUCCUGCGGCAUUCACAAAACGAGCAAUUUACGAAUCAUUGCGCUCUGAUCUUUUGAUGUGCCACUCGGAAGUUGUGUCGGAGUCGACUUUCUAUGCUAUGUGGAGUAAGCACUUCUGACACGUGAGUCUAACUAUGUCCAACACAUUCACGAGGUGCGCAAAAUGUAUAUUCUACAAGCAGUGCAUUGCCAAGUCGAAGUACGAGAGGGACCGUAAGAAAUCCAAAGAUAGGAUGCGGAAAAAUCAAGAGCUGCAAGUCAA